AUGGCUUGGUUCAGAAGCCUCAUCCAAGUCUCAGCCACCGCCAGAUCAGCGACCAAACCCAGAAUUUCAGACCCAUUUUCUUACACUCUGCUCUCGCGCUUCAGCUCGGAGCCGGCUCCGAUCCAUGAGACUCCGGCUCCUCAGCCGCCGACACAGUACUCAGGUCUGGGCCCCACGAAGCCUGGCGAGAAGCCGCGGGUGGUGGUCUUGGGCACGGGUUGGGCCGGGUGCCGGCUCAUGAAAGGCUUGGACACCGAUACAUACGACGUCGUUUGCGUGUCGCCUAGGAACCAUAUGGUCUUCACGCCUCUGUUGGCGUCCACCUGCGUUGGGACUCUGGAGUUUAGGUCCGUCGCGGAGCCAAUCGGGAGGAUCCAACCCGCAAUAUCUCGCGAACCCGGGUCGUAUUUCUUUCUUUCUAAUUGUGUUGGCCUCGAUCCUGAUAAGCAUUUGGUGCAAUGCGAGACUGUGACUGAUGGAGCAGAACCCUUGAAGCCAUGGAAAUUUGAAAUUUCAUACGACAAGUUGGUAAUUGCAUUGGGAGCAAAGCCAACCACUUUUGGAAUACAGGGUGUAGAAGAACAUGCAAUUUUUCUUCGUGAAGUCUACCAUGCCCAGGAAAUCCGCAGGAAGCUGCUCCUAAACUUGAUGCUGUCGGAUGUUCCUGGUGUUUCUGAGGAAGAGAAAAGCAGACUCCUACACUGUGUUGUGGUAGGAGGUGGUCCCACGGGAGUUGAGUUUAGUGGUGAACUUAGUGACUUCAUUCAGAGAGAUGUUCGACAAAGAUAUUCCCAUGUGAAAAAUUAUAUUCAUGUUACCUUGAUUGAGGCAAAUGAGAUAUUAUCAUCAUUUGAUGAUCGCUUGCGGCACUAUGCUACAAAACAGCUGACAAAGUCAGGAGUUCGUCUUGUCCGUGGGAUCGUCAAGGAUGUCAAAGCUCAGAAGAUAAUUCUUAAUGAUGGCACCGAGGUUCCUUAUGGGCUGCUGGUAUGGUCUACCGGUGUUGGUCCAUCACCUUUGGUGAACUCCUUGCCACUUGCAAAAGCUCCUGGUGGAAGGGUUGGCGUUGACGAGUGGCUGCGGGUUCCUUCUGUCCAGGAUGUGUAUUCAAUUGGUGAUUGUAGCGGUUUUGUUGAAAGUACUGGAAAACCAACCCUUCCAGCCUUGGCCCAGGUUGCAGAGAGGCAAGGAAAGUAUCUGGCGAAUUUGUUGAACAAAAUUGGUAAAGCUGGUGGAGGACGUGCCAACGGUGCAAAAGAAUAUAAAUACGAGGAUCCAUUCGUGUACAAGCAUUUAGGAAGCAUGGCAACUCUUGGGAGAUACAAGGCUCUCGUCGACCUCAGACAGGGCAAGGAAGGAAAAGGCUUAGCUCUGGCUGGAUUCACCAGUUGGUUUAUAUGGCGCUCGGCAUAUUUAACACGAGUCUUGAGCUGGAGGAAUAGAUUCUAUGUGGCGAUUAACUGGGCUACAACUUUUGUGUUCGGGCGUGAUAUAACCAGAAUCUAG